UUGUGAUUGGGGGCGCUCGUGUCUCCUCUAAAACUACUCUUCAGUUUUCUUCGAUCUCACCUGGCGACAAGGCUGUUCAAGAGCAUAACGGUGUCUAGACUUCAUCGGGCAUUACCACCCCCAACUAUCUCCCCUCAAUUCUGUUCUCUCCACGUUGGCGCACUUCAUUGGCGAACAGGUGCAUGUCGAAGAAAGCUUAGUAUGCUGUAAAAUAUUUAAGAUUUCAAAGGUUCAUCGAAUGAUUCCUUUUCGCUGCAAUUAACUCGGAGGAACGAUUUUCAUGCUGUUUUGCAUUUCAUCUUCAAGAACACUUCCUUCGAUAUUUGUCUGCAACAAAAAAUGUAGCGCAUUAACACAGACAUCAUCUGCCUCAGAAUGAAAGAGUGAUCCUCUAUUUCAGUGACGCAUUUUGUCAUAGAAGCAAUGAUGGUUUCAAUAAGACUUCAAACAGUAGAGAGAAUGUGAGAAAUCGUAAAUAAACUUCCCUGCAAAAUAAACAGACUUGACUAUUUAUUUUUUCCAUACUGAUAUUGACAGUAAUACACAAUGUCUAUUCAUAUAGCGAAUGGUUUUCAUGUCAGCAACUAUGCAGCCUAUGCUGUAUUAAUGCAGAACGCAAAUUUCACACUUGACUGGCCAAACAAUACCAAUAAUACUCCAUUUUAUGAGAGUGAAGAAUAUUAUGAUCCUCAAAUUGAUAUAUUUAGUCACUUACCUGGACUAAAAGCUAUAUUUUACGCUAUAUACAUCACUAUAUUUUCAAUAGGAAUUUGUGGCAACGUUCUCGUUUGCUAUGUUGUAUUCCGAAAUAAAUCAAUGCAGACUGUAACCAAUUUCUUCAUAACUAACCUAGCGUUAUCUGAUAUACUUUUAUGCACGUUUGCAGUACCAUUUACACCGCUCUACAUGUUCAUGAGCCAGUGGGUAUUUGGAAGGGUACUUUGUCAUCUAGUACCCUAUGCUCAAGGUGUCAGCGUCUAUAUAUCAGCAUUUACUUUGAUGUCAAUAGCCAUCGACAGAUUUUUUGUCAUUAUAUACCCAUUUAAACCAAGGCUUCAAGUUACUUAUUGUUACUUGAUAAUUGUAGCAGUAUGGGUGCUAGCUGGAUUGCUUACCCUUCCGUAUGGUAUAUUCAUGGCGUUGGUUCCUACUGAAAAUGGUAUAUAUUGUGAUGAGGUGUGGCCCCAUGAAUCCAGUCGAAGAGCGUUUGGAUUUUCUACAUCAAUUUUACAGUUUGUUGUACCAUUUAUCAUUAUUACAUUUUGCUACAUGAAAGUGUGCAUCAAGUUGAAAAACCGCGCCAAAUCAAAACCAGGAACCAAAUCUGUGAAGAAAGAAGAGAUGGAGAGGGAAAGAACACGCCGCACAAACAGAAUGCUUAUCACUAUGGUGGUUAUAUUCGGUGCUUCUUGGUUGCCAAUCAAUAUUUACAACCUUAUUAUAGACUUUUACAUACCAGCUGCUUCAUGGAAAUUUUUAAACGUAAUUUUCUUCAUGUCUCAUGCGGCUGCAAUGAGCUCAACCUGUUACAACCCAUUCCUCUAUGCUUGGCUCAAUGAAAAUUUUAGAAAAGAGUUUAUGAUUGUUUUACCUUGCUUUAAUUCGGCUGUUCAAGCUCCAAAUACGAUGUCAAAGAGGGUUGUAAGCGGCAAGGCUGAUAAAUCUUGCAACGGACAUGAUGGCCACGAAAAUGUAACACUUCUUCCAAUGAAAGAGAUCCAAAAUAAAGACAGAAAAAUUCAGAAGGACCGAGUUGCUGCAACAAAAAAUAGCACCUCGGUUACCGACACAGUAAGAAUAAAUGUUACGAGCAAUGAUUUGGAACCUAUUUAAAGCAGCUGAUUCUACAAAAAGCGAAACACGCUAGUGAGAAUUAAUUUAUUAUUCUGUUUCAUACUAUGUAUUAUUCUUAUUUAUAAAUUUCAAGUCCAUGUGAUAUAAAUUCGCAUUAAAGAAGUAUAGUAUUAGACAGCAUUACAAAAAGAAAUACCAGCUGUUUAUAAAUUUUGCAUUUUUUAUCAUCUUUAUACUUUAAUUAAUACUCACUAAAUUACUUUAACAUAAAAUAUGUAAUUGCUAGUUUUAGAGACACUAAUUAGUUUUAAAUGAAUAAAUCUCAUGGAACUGAAACGGUACGAUAUUAUAUGAUUUGCUUUAAAGAAAAACUUCAUCAGCUUCAAAAAUAUACAUAUUGGAGAAAUGAAUAUUGUAUUGGAUAUAACAAUUGACAUGUUUCAAGCGAGCACAUACAUCAGCUUAUCUUGAUGUCCUGAAAUCUAGCUUCAUUCAUAGGAAUGCUAAUUCCCUUGUUAACGACAUUAGUUCCUUACCAUCUGAUAUUUUCCUAGUUUUUCUCACCUUUAUUUUCCAUUCUUCGAUAUCCACUUAACGUUUUACACCGAAGAGCCAUUACAUUAUGACCACCCUCCAUCUAUAACAAUGGGCUCG